AUGAGUACAGAAGAUCAAUUAUCGUCUUCUUAUCAUAUUUUGACGCCACUUGAAAAUGCUUUUUAUACAAAUAUGAAUAAUCAAGAACAACCACAUAUGAUUAAUAGAAUUAUGUCAAUCAUAAAUGAUCGUUUAGAUGAUGCUCAACAAUAUAAAGAAGCAUUUAAUCGAAAUCCAAUGCAACCAAUAUUAUUUGAUAUACUUCGAGAAAUUAAACAAAAAAAUGGACUUAAUAUGCGUCAAAUAUCCAACGAUGAUGAUUCAUACAAACAAGAAUUAGCUCGUCUUGAUACGAUGCUUUUAGCUGAACGUAUUAUAGAUCGAUAUCCAAAUGAGGUAUCAACUAAUAAUUCAAUUGAAAUUGAACAUCCUGAAUAUGAAGAAAAAUUAAAUCGUAUUCGUCAUUUUUAUCAUACUGAAUUAGCAAAAUUUGACAAAAAUUCGAAUGAUUUUUGUACACAUGUUUUAACAUUACUUCAUGAACAAUCACAAAUACGACCAAUAACAUCAGAAGAAAUUUCACAUAUGAUUUCAAUUGUACGAAAAAAAUUAUGUUUAAUACAAAUUCAAUUAAAACAAAAUACUUGUGAAGCUGUUAUGAAUUUACGUACACGUUUUCUUGAUGCAAGACGUAAACGACGAAAUUUCGAUAAAACAACACAAAAAAUUUUAAAUGAAUAUUUUUAUUCACAUUUAUCAAAUCCUUAUCCAUCGGAACAAGUUAAAGAAGAAUUAGCACGUAAAUGUGGUGUUACUAUUUCUCAAGUAAACAAUUGGUUUGGAAAUAAACGUGGUCGUUAUAAGAAGAAUAUGCUUAAAAAUGAAUAA